AUGUCAUCAAGAUUGGAAGCACUUCGGAAGAAGAAAAGAGAAGCACAGUCCCAAAACAAACAAGAACUAUACAAAGAUUUCCAAAAUCAGAAACUUAAGUCGGUGAACCUUAAGGCAUUAGCUCGAGGGAAGGAAGGUGCUGAAGACAAAUUGGAACAAAUAAACAAAGGUGAUGAUUAUACAAGAGCCAAAAACUGGGGGUGGCUGGUAGAAGAAUGUGAAGCGUGGGAAGCAAAACAGAAUGAAAGAGCGGCUGCCAAAAAUAGAUCAGAAACCCAUGAUUACGGGAAAUUGGCAGAACAAGUUUAUACCAAGGAGAUUCUGAAACUUCAAGUAGACAAGGAAGAAUACUCUAAAGCACGAGCCAAGAAUAGUGCUGGAACAUCCAACACGGCUUACUUGGUCCAGAAACCAUCUAAGAACAAGAUAUCGUCACUUGCACAGGGCAUUCAAGAAACGAGUGCCAAAAGGGCAGCUCUUUCUAAACGGAAGACUACUGAUAAUUCCAAUCUGGAAGGAUAUAUCAAUGAAAAGAAUAGACAAUUUAACAUGAAAUUGGAUAGACAAUACAAGUGA